AUGCAUGCCCUCUCCUCCCUUCUGCUGCUCGGCAGUGUGGCCUUCCAACAUGUCCUCGCCCGUCCCAGUGUUCGUGCUGGUGACUUUGACGGAGCCAUCCUGAAGCGUUCCGUGGACGACUUCGUUGCCAAGGAGGAGCCCAUUGCCCUGCAGGAGCUCUUGUGUAACAUUGGUGCCUCUGGCUGCAAUGCGCAGGGCGCUAACUCAGGUCUUGUCGUUGCCUCCCCUUCCCGGACCGACCCGGACUACUGGUACACCUGGACCCGGGAUGCUGCACUUGUCUUCACGGCCAUCGUCGACAGAUUCUCCAACAAAUACGACGCUGGCCUGCAGCAGAGCAUCCAGCAGUACAUUGUCGCCCAGGCCAAGCUGCAAACCGUUUCCAACCCUUCAGGCUCCCUAUCCGAUGGGUCCGGCCUGGGUGAACCCAAGUACAACGUCGACGGGAGCGCCUUUACUGGUGCCUGGGGUCGCCCUCAACGCGAUGGCCCUGCCCUCCGCGCCAUCGCCAUGAUUGGCUACUCCAAGUGGCUUGUUGCGAACGGCUACUCCUCGACUGCGUCCAGCGCUGUCUGGCCUGUCAUCAAGAACGAUCUAGCCUACGUCGUGCAGUAUUGGAACAAAACCGGCUUCGAUCUCUGGGAGGAGGUCAACGGCAGCUCUUUCUUCACCACCGCUGCUCAACACCGUGCUCUGGUCGAAGGCAGCGCCUUGGCCAAGUCUCUUGGCACGACCUGCCCGGGCUGCGAUGCUAUUGCUCCUCAAAUCUUGUGCUUCCAACAGUCUUACUGGACCACAAACCUUGGAGGCUACGCGCGUGCCAACAUCAACGUCAACACUGGCAGGCAAGAGCGAGACGCUAACAGCAUCCUGGCUUCCAUCCACUCCUUCGACCCAGUUCUCGGUUGUGAUGCUGCUACCUUCCAGCCUUGCAGCGAUCGGGCGCUGUCCAGCCACAAGGUCGUUGUGGACAGCUUCCGCUCGAUCUACUCCAUUAAUUCUGGCAUCCCGACUGGCUAUGCUGUGGCGGUUGGCCGAUAUUCUGAGGAUGUCUACUAUAAUGGCAACCCGUGGUACCUCAACACCCUCGCCGCUGCUGAACAACUGUAUGAUGCGCUUUACGUCUGGCAGACGCAGAAGUCGAUUACUAUUACUUCGACCUCGCUACCUUUCUUCAAGGACAUCUAUCCCUCCGCUGUAGUCGGCUCCUACGCUGCAGGCACCCAGACUUACACCGAUAUCUACAAUGCGGUCUUUCUCUAUGGCGAGGGCUUCAUGAACGUGGUUCAGAAGUACAUCCAGACCAACGGCUCGAUCGCGGAACAGUUUGACCGCAACAACGGCCAACCCCUUUCCGCCCGGGAUCUGACCUGGUCGUAUGCUGCCUUCCUGACCGCAGCCGCCAGGCGUGCCGGUAUUGUUCCCGUCGGCUGGGCUGUGCCUAGCGCAUCGUCGGUCCCGUCCGUCUGCUCCGCCACUUCUCAGGUCGGUAGCUACUCUGCUUUCACCGCAGUGUCAUUCCCUUCUGGCCAAACCCCUGUCACCACGGCUACAAGCGCGACCUUCACUAAGCCUACCGUCUCGGCCACUGGUACUCCUACCCAGACUGGCUGCCCCGUCGCCACUGCCGUUGCUGUCACCUUCACCGUGAAGAAGGCCACCACGUUUGGACAGACUGUGAAGAUUGUUGGCAGCUCUGCCAACCUGGGCAGCUGGGAUCCCACGAAGGCCGUCGCGCUCAGUGCCAACCAGUACACAUCGUCGAACCCCAUCUGGAGCGGAACUCUGAAUCUGAGUGCUGGACAAUCCUUCCAAUACAAGUACAUUGUCGUCAACACUGAUGGCACCGUGACCUGGGAGGCCGACCCGAACCGGAGUUACACUGCUCCAGCCUCGUGCUCCAGCACUGCCUCGCGGUCAGAUACUUGGCAGUAA